ACAAAUCUGAAAUCAAAUAUUAAGAUAAACAUGGACAAUGCUUAACGCAAAGAAACCAAGAAAAUAUUGAUAACUUUUGUUUCUUUGUAAUUGUCGCACAGGAAGCAAUUGAUUUUCUUCGAAGCGUUUUGUUCAUACAAGAUUCAAAGGAGAAUUUUUUCGGUUAUUAACAAAAAUGGCUGCAGAAUCUACACUAAGUCCCCCAGCUCCACUAGAUCUUGGGAGAAUGGAAAUGGAGGCAAAAGAAACCGCCAAAAAACACAUAGCUAAUUUGUUGCAGAGACCAGAGCAGCUGGAAAGGGUGGACCAGUACAAGAGACGGAUUUCUCGCAAAAAGGCAUCUGUGGACACCAUGUUGAAAACUGCUGUACAGUCCCAACUUGAUGGAGUCAGAACUGGACUUAAUCAGUUACAGAGUGCUCUCCAGGAUGUUUACGAGAUUAAACAGAGACUUGAUGAGGUGGAAGAGGCUUACAAAUCGAUCUCCCCUCUCCACAUAAAACUAAUGGAGCUCAAAAAGGAAAACACUAGAUACUGCCAGCUUGCAUCAGCCAUGGAGAAUCUGAAGCACAUAUUUACUGCACCAGAAAUUGUUAGAAAAACAGAGGAGCUCAUUAAUGAAGGCAAACUACUUCAGGCCCACAAGCAUCUGACAGACUUGGAGCAGUCUAGAGAUGAUCUUAUGUUUGAAUUGUACAAACAACCACAGCAAAGCCCCACAGACAAUAAUACUUUGGAAAAAUAUUUCCGAGAUGUGAUAAAGUUGUCAGAUCAGCUUGGUAAACAGCUAUGGGUAAUUAUACAGAGAACGUUAAUGUCAGUGAGAAGGGAGCCUACUCUGAUUGUAACGGCCCUCAGAAUCAUUGAGAGAGAGGAGAGAACUGAUGAAUUUUACCUCAAGCGCAAAGCCCAGACUGGAUUUAUUCCUCCUGGUCGUCCAAAGAAGUGGAGGGAAAAAUGUUUCCGGAUCUUGGAAGAAUCUAUUUCUUCAAGAAUUGAAGGUAAUCAGUUUGAAGAUAGAAGUAUCAACAAAAUGUGGCUCGUUCGCCAUCUUGAGGUUACCAGGCAACUGAUGUUGGAAGAUCUUAAAGUGGUGAAGCAAAUGCUGCCACCUAUUUUUCCACCAGAAUACAACAUUGUGAGGAAGUAUGUUCAGAUGUAUCAUAAAGCCUUGUCUAACCAUUUUCAAGACAUGAUCCAACAAGGACUGGAAGGAAAUGAAAUAGUAACACUUCUACAGUGGGUAGGAAUAUACAAUUCACCUGAACUUAUGAGACAUCCAGCUUUGGACUUUGACACCAAAGAAUUUGGUCCCUUGUUAGAGACCACUGCUGUAGAUGAACUACAGAACCAAUAUCUAAAGACCAUGAAGUUAAACAUAAUGGAAUGGACCAAAAACUCACUGACACAAGACCAAAAGGACUGGUAUCGUGAUGAACAUCCAGACGCUGAUGGAGAUGGAUAUUAUUCAACCUCCCUCCCUGUCAUCAUAUUCCAGAUGAUGGAGCAGAAUCUUCAAGUUGCCCAAAUGAUAGGAGAAGAUAUGGUUAAAAAAGUAAUAGAAUUAUUUACAGAUGAACUAGCACACUAUGCCAAGGAAUACAAGGGUGCCAUUCAAAGCUAUAAGGAAAGACAUCUACAGGACCGAAGUGUACCCAAGUUCUUCCUGCAUUACAUGAUUGCAAAUACAAAUAACUGUAUUGCGUUUGGAGAAUACAUGACACAGCUGAGGAAGCGAUACCUGAAGGAGGAGCUCGACAACAAGGAUGAGCUCAUCUACAUCAGAAAGGACCGAUUCCAGACACUCACCGACGAGUUCAACAGAAUAGGAAGUUUUGGAGCAAAUUGUAUAUUGGAAGAAGUAUUCAUUGACCUCAAAAACAUCAAAUGCUUUGAGGAGCUUAUGACCAAACAAUGGCAACAGAGCACACAUGCUGUGGAGGUGAUAUGUGCCACCUGGAAUGACUACAGUGUGGAUUUUGUCCACUUAAAGCCUGUUUUCCACACAGCUUUGGUGGAGGAAGGACAGAGAAGGGUUCUAAAGGAAUAUCUUAAAGCACUUCUGUCCAAGAAGCUUUCCUUUAAGACGUAUGAUGAGAGAAAGAUGGCAGCAGACAAGAUUUGUAAAGAAGCAGACCAAAUGGCUUCUCUGUUUCACAAAUACACUAAUAAGACUCAACGAAUUCAAUUACCAAUUACAGAAGAUAUGUUUGCUGUUUUACCAAUGCUGGCUGAAGUUUUGCGCUUGAGAGAUUCAUCAAUGAUGUCUCUAGAACUGACGGGUCUGGUCACAAAGUACCCAGACAUGAAACCCGAUCAGCUGAUUAAUCUUCUGAUGUGUCGAGGUGACUUAAGUCGUGCUGAUGCAAGACAGAUUGUAAGUGAUACUAUCGGAGAUGAAGAUCCUCAGAAACAAAGACCAGAAGGGAUCUUUACAGAUAUACCUAGUUAGAUAUAAACGUUUGACAACUGACCCUGUGGUAUUGUUAUCUAGAUAUAAACGUUUGACAACUAACCCAGUGGUAUUGUUAUCUAGAUAUAAACGUUUGACAACUGACCCUUUGGUAUUGUUAGAUAUAAACGUUUGACAACUAACCCUGUGGUAUUUAUUAUUAAUAGAGACUGUUACUGAAUCUUACAAGAGUUACUGACAUAUGUUAUAAACAUCUCUUUUCACAAUUGAAAAAUGUCUCACCUAUUUUCUUAUUAAGGGUGACUUUUAACAGCUAUUUCUGAUAAUGAAGUAAUUGUUGCAUGCCUAUGAUGUACAUGUAUCUGUAUUUGGUUAAAACAAACCACUUACUAGUAUAAAGCAAUGAAUGUGUAGAUGAUGGUUAAGUCGACUUUUCUCUGAUUUAUUUUCUACAGUUAUUAUUUGUAUAAAACAAAUAUGCAUUAUUUUUUGUUAAAAAAUGCUUUUGUGCAAUACAUGUGUUAUAAUUAAAUUUCUUUUAUUGAUAAAUGAAA